AUGGUUCGAAUUCAACUCAAUAACCAAAUACUACAAAGGAUCAAUAACUAUCAGUCUCUUGACAAAAUUACACUAACAAUCAAUAAUGUUGAAAUCUCAGUUACCAAGUCAUUUGCAGUUGCAAUUUCUCAAAAUUUUUACUCGCAAUAUCUUUUAGAUAAUAACAUUGCCAAAAUUGAUAUACAAACAGAUAUUAAAUUACAUGAAACAUAUAAUGUAUUAAAAAACAUCCUUCAAUACAAUAAAACCGAAAUUGAGUGCGAUGAAACAGUUUUGAAAGAUCUUUUUAAUAUUGGAAUGUCACUUGAUAUACAAGAACUAACAUAUUUAUACAAAGCUCACAUAAUUGAUCAAAUGAAGUUAGAUAAAGAUAACUGCGUUAAAUUACUUGAAUUCUAUUCAGAUAUUUCAUCAAACGAAAAGAUAACAGAAUGUAUUAAUUUUAUAUCAUCACAUUUCUAUGAAAUUAACACAGACCAACUUAAAUCAAUUUCGAAAAAACAUGGAAUUGACAUUUUUCAAAAGAUCUUUAGUAAUCAAGAACUUGUUGUCAAAGAUGAAGAUUCGUUAGCGAAUUUCAUAAUUUCUCUUUUGCAAGAAAGUACAGAUUUCUAUACUUUAGUUGAAAACAUUCAUUUUGAGCUUUGCAGCGAAAAAACAAUCAACGAUUUCAAAUGUUUAGCCAAUGAAAAUAACUUCCAAAAUAUUGUUAAUUCAUUUGCAGAUUCAUUGAUAAGAUCAAGAAAUCCAAAUUCUAAAGAUAGAUCUAUAAAUGCAUUUGAGACUGUUUCUAAUUACUUCGGAAGUGAAAAUGUUGAAAUGACUGCUUCGUCUUAUGCUAAUGAAUUUCAUGGUGUAAUUAAUAAAUAUAGAAAUGACGCAUGGUUCGAAACAAAUAAUUCUCCUAAUUCAUGGGUUCAGUGGAAGAUAAAGCAAGAUUAUGCAAUUCAGCCAACUGAGUACAAUGUUAGAACCGCGCCUGAUUAUAGAGAAUUGAGAGGCCGUCUUCAAACAUGGAAAGUUGAAGGCACUACUAUUAAUGGAGAUACAAAAGUCAUUCAUGAAGUAAACAACUCACCAUUAAAACAAGGGGAAAUACGAAAAUAUGAAAUUAAAACAAAUGAUGAAUUUAUAUCAUUUAAAUUAACACAAACCGGUAAAAAUGAUAGUAAUGGGGAUUGGCUGCUUCUUGAUGUUUUUGACUUUUCAGGAAAAAUACAUAGCUUAAAAAAAUAA